UAUAUAUAUAUAUUUAAAACUUAAUAUUGAUGUUUUAUUGGGUUACCUCGUACUCAUCGUAAUGAACCGAUUCCUUCUUACGUGCCCAAGGCAUAUAUUACACUAUUUUGUAGAAUAAUUUUCAUCAGAACCUGAAAACCGACUUUCGAUCAUUUAAAAUCUUUUCUUGGGUCGACGAUUCUCGACCUAACUCACCAUCAGAGAGUGAGUGAGCCCGCUCGGCGUUUCAACUCUUUUUAUUUAUACGCUCGUGUCGGCGACGUUUUCCUCUACUCCGACGACGUUUUCUAAACAACGGUGAUAUUUUCCUUCUUUUCAAUUCUGGAAGAUUUUCUUGGAGUUCUUUGGCUCAGUUAAAUUGAUUCAGGGAAAUGGAAGAAGCAAUUGAGGUGGAUGUGGAAACUACAAUUGCUGCAGAAUCGUGCCGUGAAAAGGGGAACAAAAAAACAAUGCGAGGGCGACAGAAGAAAGCACAUGCAGUUUCAGUGGAUGGAGAGAAUUUGCCAGGUUCUGAAGAGGAUUUGAACAAUGGUCCUCCCAGGAUUACAGUUUUGGAGUUUGAUUAUUCAGUUGAAAGUCACUUCAGAGCAGUGGAUACAAUUUGUAAGCUCUGUGGAGAUGCUGAAUGCAAUGAUUUUUACAAAUAUGAGAUUGAGCGAUUGUCCUCCUCAGUCACUUUCGUAAGAGAAUGGAGUUUUUUUAAUUACCAACCAAGAAUAGUCAGGGUUGCUUGCCAAAGUGACAGUCCUCUUGGAAAAGAUGUGAUUGGUGAGAUGCAUUUACCUCAGUUUUCAGCUGCAGCCGUUCCUAAGGAGAGACAAACUGGGAAUGCUACACCUCCAGAGCUUAGCAAAGACUUUGUUAUGCAUGUUGGAGGUCCUGUUUGGGCAUUGGAUUGGCGCCCAAGAGUCCAUGAAAGGUCUGAUUCUAAUAUUAAAUGCGAGUAUAUCGCCAUCGCCACUCAUCCUCCUGAAUCUUGUUAUCACAAGAUUGGCGCCCCACUUACUGGAAUAGGUGUUAUUCAGGUAUGGUGUCUUUUAAAUGUCUUGAAAGCAGAAGAGGUGCCUCCUCAGGUGAAUGAAAGGCCAAAACAGUCAAACCAACCAAAGAAGCCAAGAGGGAGACCUAGAAAAAAGCCAAUAAAUGAACCGGUAGAUAAUUUGGAUUGCAACAAUCAAUAUUUGCAAGCUACUGCUCUUCAAUUCCCCGAAGAGAUGCCUACUCAAGUGAUGAUAAAGCCAAAACAGAAUCCUAGCAAUAGCGAGACGGUAAAGGUCAAACCAAUUCAACCAAAGAAGCCAAGAGGGAGGCCUAGAAAAAAGCCAAUAAAUGAAUCUGUAGAUAAUUUAGAUUGCAAUAAUCAAUACGUGCAAGCUCUUGCUAUUCAGUUCCCCAAGGAUUCAUCCGAAUUGCCUCCAGGAGAUGAGGAUCCCAUGGAUACCCGUGAACAUGUUGCUAAAAAGGAUACUGGUAGAAAACGAAAGGGUGCUGGGGGAAGAGUGUCUGCAGAUGAUUCAGCAUUGACAAUUUCAGUGGAUAGGACGAGAUCGAAAGCUAAGGCAAGGAAAGGGAGUCAUGAUCAGGGUAAUGAUUUGCCUUCUUUGGUACAAAAUGAGAACAAUGAAUCUUCCCUCAUGGAAACUACUCCCUCACGGGAGGGAGUUAGAUUGAAAGAGAAGGCAAGGAAAGGGAGUGAUGUUCAUGGUAAUGGCUUGACUUCAGUAACUCAAUACGAGAACAAUGAAUCUUCCCUUGCGUAUCCCCAAACAAGCUCAAGCUGCGGACAGGAUCCUGUUGGGUCAAGUGAUAAUGCUGCAAAAUGUUGUUCCUUUGAAACUUCUCUAGUUAGUGGUCCUGUUUUGAAGGAUGUUGCUUUGCCUAGAAUGGUGUUAUGUCUGUAUCACAAUGGAAAAGUUGCAUGGGAUGUAAAAUGGAGGCCUUCUAAUGUUUAUGAUGCUGAAUCUAAACAUAGAAUGGGUUAUCUUGCUGUCUUGCUUGGUAAUGGAGCUCUGGAAGUGUGGGAAGUUCCCUUUCCUAGAACAAUUAAAGCUAUUUAUUCUGCUCAUCAAAAGGAGGGUGCGGAUCCUCGCUUUUUAAAACUGGAACCGGUAUUCAGAUGUUCAAGGUUGAAGUGUGGUGACAGACAGAGCAUUCCUCUCACAGUGGAGUGGUCAGCAUCAUCUCCCCACGAUUUCAUUCUGGCCGGAUGUCAUGAUGGAGUGGUUGCCUUGUGGAAGUUCUCUGCAAGUGAUCCAUCUAAAGAUACGAGACCUUUGCUUUGCUUCAGUGCUGAUACAGUUCCUAUAAGAGCACUUGCUUGGGCCCCAGAUGAAAGCGAUCCUGAGAGUGCAAAUAUAAUAGUCACUGCUGGACAUAAAGGCCUAAAGUUCUGGGACAUUCGUGACCCAUUUCAGCCCUUGCGGGACCUUAAUCCAGUACAAAGGGUCAUAUAUAGUUUGGAUUGGCUGCCAGAUCCAAGAUGUGUUAUUGUAUCCUAUGAUGAUGGAACACUACGGAUCCUCAGCUUGGUGAAGUCUGCAUGUGAUGUCCCGGUUACUGGGAAACCUUUUGUUGGGAAACAACAACAAGGAUUCCACAGUUAUUAUUGCUCAUCAUUUACAAUUUGGAGCGUUCAAGUGUCGCGACUAACAGGCAUGGUUGCAUACUGUAGUGCAGAUGGUACCGUUCUUCGUUUCCAGGUGACAUGAUCAAGCCUGCAUAUAAAUUUUUUUGUGAAGCACUAAGCAUUCUUCCCAAUUUUUGGGUUUUGCUCGACUGUACUUGUCAGUGAAAUAUUUUUAUUUAAUGAGAAGAAAAAAACCUUGAUUAGAUGACAUUUUUUUCUCGGAACUAUUUCUCAUUGGUUCUAUUACUUUUAGAUCAUGUUGAAUUCAAUUUUUCGUUUGACAUUAUUUUUUAUUUACAAUGGAAAAACAACUUGUAAAAUUGUGAAGUCAGCCUAAUUGAUUUCCAGAAACAUCACAGCGGAGAAAAUAUUUUUGAUACGGACGAAUUAGAAGAAUAUGGAUCUGCAGCAACAGGCUCUGAUCCUCAGCCAUAACUUCAAUGAGUUGGGAUCCUCUGUGGUAAAGCAUGCGCUGUACCGGCAUCAGACGGACCCCAGCUCAUACACAUGUGAGCGCUCACACAUGAGAGUGUGGGAUCUGUCUGAUACAGUACAGCAUUAGGGCUGCAAAUGAGCCGAGCUUUGGCUUGCUCGGGCUUGACUCGCCAGGUUCAUAAGGCUGCUCGGGCAAGCUCAACUUAGCCAAGCUCGGGCUCAGCCCGCCAAUAUUUGGACAAGCUCGGGCUCGGUUCGGCUCAAGCUCCAUUGCAGAAAUCAGCCUCUUAAUCUUCUAGAUCUCUGCAAAUCCCUCAGCUCUUUGAUCGCAUUACAGAGGAUGGAAUCAGUUUCUCAAUCAUCGGGUUAAACCCUUUUUUCUUAUCUAAUUCUUUCUAAGCACUCUAGCCCCAAAGUAUUUUUCAUCCUCUUAUAACUCCAUGAAAAGAAGAAGAAAAAAAAAUGGUUGUCAAGAUAAAGAACAUAAAUCUGAGAUGGACGGAUUGAGAGGCCUCCUAUGGCUGCCGUCUUCAACAAGAGUUAGGAACUUCGGUUUUCUUUUCUUUUGUUAUAGUUAAUUGGUUAUAACAUGUGUAAUCCAACGGCUGUGAUAAAUUGUAUAGGUUAUUGGGCUUAUUAGCUUCAAGAAUGGAUAUAGUUUAAUUUUAUAAAACCAAACUACUACAUGGACCUCUAAAAACUUUUUAAGUGUUUGGGCUAAAUUUUAGUAGCAAAAUUUGAAAUGUAGGCCCUAUUAACUAAACGAGCCUGUUCACGAGCUUGGCGAGCCGAGCUCAUCAUUGCUCAAGCUUGGCUCGUUUAUUAAAUGAGCCUGGAAAAUGAGCUCGAGCAACGAACGAGCCUGAGCCGAGCUUUUAACGAGCAGAGCCCAAGCUGUUCACGAACAGCUCGGUUCAUUUGCAGCACUAUACAGCAUGCGUGCUGUACCGCAAAGGAUCCCAGCUCGAGUACAAUAUGUUUGUGGAUGGAUCUCUGCUGGAUCCUUUAGGGGAGGUUCUUGGUCUUUUGGUUGUUUAUUGAUGGCCUCUGUUGGGCUGUCAUAUAUUGACCAAGGUACUGCCCUCGUAGUCUGUCAUUUAUGGCAGUCACCUAGAGAACUCUAAACAGCUAUGGCAUUAGACUUACAUGCAGAUUGCACUAUAAUCUUCAUGUGUUAGAAAAUUUUAUUUAUGAUUUUCAACGCUGCCUCUUAAUUUGUAUUUUCUUUUUCUUGAAAUGCCAACAUUCUGUUUUAACUUAACCAGCUGCUCCUUCACCUUCAAGUCAAUAUUUUCUUAGUUUUGAACACUUUGAAAGCGAGUCAAUAGCUUGAACUUCUCAUGCUUAUUGAAUUUUGCAUAAAUUUUAGUUAUGAGUUCCAAACUCCCUCAUAAUUUGUUUUUUCUUUUUCUUGAAAUGCUCACAUUCUGUUUUAAGUCAACCCAGCUAGCUGCUCCUUCGCCUUUAACUUAAGGAUUUCUGAAUUUUAACUCUCUUGAAAACAAUUAAUUCCCAUUCCUACAGAAAGGUAGGUUGGUUCUCAUCUUCUUGUGAAUAUUUAUGAAUUUCUUUUCCACAUGAGCUUGCAGUUGGUUGCUGUGCUUCAUGAGUUUUGCUCUCUUAAAUUUCACUUUUUGAACUGCCUUUACAUUUGCUCUCAGAGAUCAAAGAUAUUUGCCAUGCUCAACCAUCUUGUACCAUUUACAGUCUUUGGCACCUACGCAUAUGGUAAAAUUUUUAAAUAUUAUCAUCAAAAACUUUCUUAUACUAUAUCAAACAAGGACAUUCAAAAAGAAAAUCACACUUAGAAUUACAUGUGUGUGUGUGUGUAACUAUUCUGGCUGUGUGCUUCAACAUUAAAUUCAGAUGCAAGCAACUCCCUUUCCCACUUUAAAUCUUCACUUAUUAAGUAGUCAAUAGUCAUAAAAGAGUUUUUUUUUUAACAACUAGAGUUUGACUAGCGAGUUUUGAGUGUUUUGAAGUUGACUGAAGAUCCUGUUUUAUUUUAUGGAAAAAAGGAAAAAGAACAAUUUUUUUAUGCAUCCAAAGUUGUUUGAAGGUCAUAUUUUAUUUUAUGUGGGAAAAAAAUCUUUAUGUUCCCAAAGAAAACUCACAGUUGCUUGUCAAUCUAGCAUCAUCAUUUUGGUAUACCCCAACUUAUACACUGCUUCAAGGCUCUAGAUACCUUAUCGUAUUACCUUUC